UAUAAAUCAAAUCAAAUAUAUACUCUGUAUUCAUAACUAGUACUACACUCACAAAGCUGCUGCUCUCAACUAAUGGCGGGUCUGCUGGAGAAGGCGAAGGACUUGAUGGCGUCGGCCGUCAAAACCCCUGAAGCGACCGUCACCGACGUGGAUCUGAACGGCGUACGCUUCGACCACGUCGAAUACCUCGCCAAGGUCGCCGUCGACAACCCGUACCCGACUCCGAUCCCAAUCAUGGAGAUCUCCUACAACCUCAAGAGCGGCGCCAGGGUGAUUGCACAUGGGACGAUCCCGGACCCAGGAAGCCUGAAGGCGAACGGGAAGACGGAUCUGGAUGUGAUAGUGAAAGUGGCGCACACCGUGCUGGUCAGCUUGGUGGUCGACAUUUCCAAAGAUUGGGAUAUCGACUAUGAACUUGAGAUUGGGCUUAUCAUUGAUCUCCCCAUAAUUGGUAGCUUCACCAUUCCUAUAACUAGCAAGGGUGAAAUCAAGCUCCCUACGCUCUCUGAUGUCUUCUUCUCUUCCAAAGAGUCCAACGAGACCGAAGAGUGAGAGCUAGAGCUAGAGCAAGAUCAUGUGGUGGAUCUGGGUUUGAACUAGGGUUUUCAA